UAGAACGUAGUAGCCCAUCAAGAACAUCUGAUAAUUCUUCAAUGGAUGUAAGCAAACGUCUAACAUUUGGAAGAUGGAGAAGGAGAGGGAAGGUGGGGCCGCAAAGAGAGAGAGUGGGAGAGACGGAGCGAGAUAGAAACCUGGAGAGAGAAUGUUCUAGGAAACCAUAAAGCGCGCGUGCGAGCGGGAAUCAUUUGAAGCGAUUGAUUUACUGCAUUUACAGCCUAAUAAAACUCAAACAACAAGGGGGGUUCUAAUAAAUAAGCCAUUCUAACUUUUAUGUGUCGUUUUUAUUUUUAUUCAAUAAAAACUGACACGGCAAUGAUGCCUGUUAUUUAGGAAGUAGACAGUUAACCUGGAGGUUCAGCUCUCAGUCUCUCUGAUAUAGAUCGUGAGGGGGACUCCGUCUGUAAUUCGCCAGGCCAUUAUCACUCAUAGGGUCACUAUACAACCAUAACUGCUAAUCCAUUGCAACUACAGCUGCCAACUACUCCUUAUUUGACCAGCAAUACCACGACCUAAUGCUAUAUUCUAUUCUUCGGUUUACACAAUAUUAAAAAUUGCAAUGGCAAUAUUGUUGUUGUUAUAACAAGUCUACAAUAGGAUAGUAAUAGCCUAAUAGCCUACUAAGCAUAUUAGUGUAAUUAUUGGCCUAUUCAUAUCGUGAAAAUUAGCAUUAGAAGUAUUCUAUUAUCAUAUUAGUAGCAUUGUACUGGUAGUAGAAUCAUCUACAUUGGUUUAGAAUGGUUGAAUUGACCCUGUGCGUAAUGGUCUCCAAACGAUUGGCUUGUCAAUGAUCAAAACGGCCCAAUUAAUUAGACGUGUGUUAUCGUAAGAAUGUUGUCCUGUUUUCCCUAAAUCCUCCUUUUCUUCAGAUAUCUGUUAUCUUAUAUCAUUGUUAGGGUGUGAUUCUGAAUGCAUUCUGCUGUCAUGGUUUAAGAAUAGAGUGGUUAUCUGUACUUAACCGCAAAGUUCACACCAAUUUAUGCCAUUGUUACUUUGUUCUGUUUGUUUUGGUGUAUAUUUUUCCGAGUCAUGUCAGGAUACCUUUGCUCUCCUCAGUCCCUGCCUGAGAUGUGUGUAUAUAUGACUGUCUGUUUCCUCACAUAGCCUCCAACGGAUCUUCGCCACUUUCUGCCCUAUUCAAUCAUUUCAUACUGAUCUUGGUCGAAGAGCCGAGGCCUUGCCUGGAGAAAACACUCUCACACAAAGGCUACAAAAAUAUUCGAAUAAAUGUUUGGUUCCUUAUCCGGUAACAACAUCGCCGGCUGCCAUUGGACUGCUGUGUCACGUGGUUAAAGUAACUUUACAGGGUCGCUUGCUAGUAGGAGGGCUUUAUGGACCAGAAAAACGACAAAGGUAGAAAAAUUAUUUUUCACUCCAGAAAUUAAUGAUCAUGAGCUCGUAUUUGAUGGACUCUAGCUACAUCGAUCCGAAAUUUCCUCCUUGCGAGGAAUAUUCACAAAAUAGCUACAUCCCAGAACACAGCCCUGAAUACUACAGCCGCACGAGCGACACCGGCUACCAGCAUCACCACCAGGAGUUGUAUCCUCCGCGAGUGACCUACCAGGAGCGCCCGUAUAACUGUGUAAGCAUCCCCGAGCCCGAGCCCCAGACCGGCCAUGGGCUCACACACUCGGGGAAUCUGCUUGCGGGGAAGGCACAUACAUCUCCAUGUGAACCCUUGCCACUGUUACCCACAUCCCCUACCACCCCACCGAUUGCGCCGGCUGCCUGCAUCCAAGCCGCCCCGGAGCAACCCACCAGCUCUGCCUUGGCUAAGCAGCCUGUAGUGUACCCAUGGAUGAAGAAAAUCCACGUCAGUAUCGCGAAUCCCAAUUACAAUGGAGCAGACGCAAAGCGGUCCAGGACUGCUUACACUCGCCAGCAGGUCUUAGAAUUGGAGAAGGAGUUCCACUAUAACCGCUACCUAACUCGGCGAAGACGCAUCGAGAUCGCCCACACCCUGGUUCUCUCCGAGCGCCAGAUUAAAAUUUGGUUUCAGAACCGAAGAAUGAAGUGGAAAAAAGACCAUAGGCUACCCAACACGAAAGUGAGAUCUUCCUCCUCAUCCAACACUAGCGCGACCUCCGGGUCCAACACAGCGUCCACAACAGCCAGCACUCUCCCGCGUGCUGUGGGCUCCAACACCAUGCCAGCUUCCCAGGAACUCUCUCGAGUGUCCGUAAUCGAACGAGACCAGGAUAUUACAAGGUUAUAGACACAAAAUAGUAUCUGACAAAGAGGAUGAAAAAACAACGGAUUAUUUAUUUAACAAAAAAAUAUUUUCUUUUUAUAUAUAUAUAUAAUUGUUCCUAUAGUGUUCUUGUGCGUAAACGGGUUUUUCUUCUCAGUCCACAGUUAUUCAAGUAUGCAUGUUAUAUAGCAUGGAUUACUGCAGAUACUGUGCCAACAGAUUAUUACGGUUAUCAGGGUUUAUUUAUUUAUUAUAUCAUUUUUUGUUAUUUUUUAGUAAGUUGUUCUGACGAAUAAUAAUAGACAUUAUCAAAGUAUUUGCCUGUGGCAGAAUACGUAGCUGUCAGUAGACUUAUACAAACACAAUCGUUUUAUUUAUUCUCUGAAAAAUAAUGUUAGGGUAAUCUAUUUAUUUAGGCUAUUCAUCUCAGAGGUGACAGUUAACAAUAGCCAGUUUUUAUUUUUCAAUACAUGUGAAUUAGUGAAAUGUUGUGAUUUAUUUUUCAGCACAACCUCUUAUCAAGCAAAGUCAGUGAGGGUAGUGUGUUUUGUGAUUACAUUUUGUGAUUUAGAUCUAUUUUAAUUGAUCAUUGUAAAAUGCAACAUAAUAAGUUUAGUGUUUUUGUGAUAAUCGUAGUGUUCAAUAAAACCGUGUCGAGUAGUUUAGAAUACAUU